AUGGAGCGUGGUGUUGGUGUGUUCGGUCGCCGGAAUACUCGCCGCUGGAGAACUCCUGGCUCGACGCUCCUCCAUAUUUCCCGCCCCUUGUCUCCGUGCUCGAAUCGUACUCUGAACUCUCGCCCGUGGAUUUCACUGCCUCCAGGUUUAGAUCAUUCAACUGAACGUCGCCUUCCAACUUCUGUACUAUCUCAAUCAACCUCCUUCACCCAAGAUUUCCGAAAAGCAAAAGCUGUUGCUAAGUCGAUAUUCGGGCUUCUAGAUAGACAGUCUAAGAUGGACCUCAACGAGAAGUCUGGUUUGGCACUAGAAUCAGUGCAGGGAGAAAUUGAGUUUCAAAAUGUAUGCUAUGCAUAUCAAACUAGACCAGAUGUCAAAGUUCUCUGUGGUUUCAGCUUCACAGUUCAGAACGGGAUGACAGUUGCACUGGUGGGGAAGAGUGGGAGUGGGAAAUCGACAGUAAUAGCAUUGCUGCAGAGAUUUUAUGAUUGUGAUUCGGGGCGAAUAAUGCUAGAUGGAGUUGAUAUUAGAAAUUUGAACCUGAAGUGGCUAAGGAAGCAGAUGGGGCUUGUAAGCCAAGAACCAGUUUUAUUAAAUGACACCAUCAGAGCAAACAUUACCUAUGGGAAAGAAGAUGAUGUAACAGAAGGAGAAGUCAUAGCUGCAGCAGAGCUGGCAAAUGCUCACAAGUUCAUCAGUGGCCUGCAACAGGGAUAUGAUACGGUGGUAGGGGAGCGAGGGGUUCAGCUGUCUGGGGGACAGAAGCAGCGAGUGGCCAUUGCCCGAGCCGUCAUGAAGAUCCCGAGAAUACUGCUGUUGGACGAGGCGACUAGCGCGCUAGAUUCUGAAUCGGAGAGGAUGGUUCAGGAUGCACUGGAUAAGAUUUCGGUGAACCGGACCACGAUUAUGAUAGCACACAGGCUGUCAACAGUUAGAGGAGCUGAUGUAAUUGCUGUAGUUAAGGAUGGGGCUGUUGUGGAGAAGGGAAAGCAUGAUAUGCUUAUUGCUAAAAGAGAUGGUCACUAUGCUUCCCUAGUUGCACUCCACACAAGCCCUUCAUCAGAACCCUCAGCAUCAGCAGCAGCAGCAGAUGUAUACAGCUUAUAG